UCCGCCGAACCGAUGAAUAUUUGACAGUACUAAACCCAGGUCGUACCAUUUGUUAGACAUUCCUUGGUCAUCUGUUAAAUGCAGCAGUAGUAUAAACAGUACAAGAAUAAUAUGAAGAUUCAUGGAGAAGCAUAUUUAUAUCGAAAGUACUUGCCACUCAAAGAUUGACAGAAGGUUGCUAGUACAUCUUUGUCUGAUAAACUUUGCCGUUAUGGAUGGAAUUGAUAGAAUGGCGUGUCUGUGUUUUGGGACGUAAAUUUUACCGGGAGAAGUAGGAGUAGUUUGUCAACAGUGGUGUGGGUGCGUUACGCGAAAGUGUCAUGGCGUGGGUUAUUACGUUUACACAUAAUUUGCUGACUGUACGGGUUUCGAAUACCGUACAUAUUUCGGUUGUAUCAACCUUAUGGCUAAAGUAAAUUUGUUUAAAAUUUUAUAUGUGUAAAUGAUUCUCGUUUUAAAAUUUUAACCAGAAAUUGAAGGCACCUAUCUCCAAUUCUGUAUGUGUGUGUUCGUGAAGUUCUUAACCAGACGAUUUUAAGUGCUUCCUGUUUAUCGUUUGUAGUAUAGUGCAUGAAAGUUCAAAAGAAAGUGGAGAUUAACGAUGAAAAGUAGUGGACUGCAAAGGUAAAAUUCCUCAGUUGUUUGGUACUCGGGAACCAUAAUGUGUGAUGAAUUCUCGAGAAAGGCCCUGAAAGUUGCAGUGGCAUUGAUAUGUCAGACCAUUGGAUGGAAUUCGAUUAUGAGCACACCUCUGGAAAUUAUGAUUGAUCUUCUUCAGAGAUAUCUCGUGGAACUUGGUCGAGUCACUCACCGGUAUGCAGAGCUCUUUGGACACACACAACCUAAUCUCGAUGACCUAGGUCUUGCGUUUCGAGAAAUGGGAAUAAAUUUGCAGGAUAUGGAGGAUUAUAUUAAAAACGUGGAAUCUGUACCAUGUCAUGGUGAAAUUCCAAAGUUUCCUGUUCCUCGAGACUCUCAUCUGAAUUUUUUGAAACCAGGGAGCAGGGAAGUUGUUACACGACCAGUUCAUGUGCAUGAGCACUUACCUCCUAUGUAUCCUGAAAUGGAAGAAGAUGAAUAUUUAUUGAAGCAGUCCCCACUUUCGGUUGACACUUCAAACAAUUUGGGAUCUACAUCACCACUCUCAAGUCCAAAGUCAAAUGUAUUCAAAAGACCAGGGGAUCCUGUUUCCUUGGAGAACCCUGUUUUGAAGAGGACGAGAAUGUUGAUGGAAGAAGAAGGUCGUCCUCUUCGAGAAAUCAGUAGUGUUAUGAUGACAACAUCUGGAUUUCUAUCACCUGCACGGGAAGGAAAGCUUCCUGAAUCACGAACGCCAUUGCAACCUUCUGAUUCUCGUUCCAAUUCUCCUCAGCCUUCAUCGUACCCCAUGGUACCCCCAGAAGUGAAAGGUGAGAAGAAAUCUAAAAAAGCUACACAGAAGAAAGCAGUUGACGCUGUUAAAAAAACAGACAAGGAAAAUAAAAAGGAACACAGAGUGAAAGAACUUGUUAAAUCUGGCAAAGGACACGCCAGUGACGAAACAAAAGUUAAAAAAUUAGUCAGUAUGAAGGAACUUUCUAAACUGAAAGCCUUGAAACCAGGAGCUGUAAAAAUGUCACAGAAUUUUCAGUUAGCAGGUCCAAGUUCAUCUAACAAACCAGGCAAACUUCCAGUAUCAAAAUUAUCUGCAAUUAAAACUGCUGUUCCAGACACUCAGAAAAUCAUGAGACAUGUGUCACCUGUGGCAAAAUUGUCUAAACCAGAAAAAGUGCAUACUGCUACACUUCCACAACUUAAAUUAAAUUCACCAGAAAAAAGUAGGGAACCAACUGUAAUAGAAGGAAAAUUGUCAACAGAACCCGAUAAACAGAAACUCAACAUUUUCAAAAAAAUAUCAAAAGUCAAGGAAGAGAAGGUUGACAGGAUAGAAAAAAUUGAUAGGACUGAAUCUGCAGAUUCAGUUAUGAGAGAUUCACGUGAAAGUUCUCCAAGAUUGAUAAUAGAUGAAUCAGAAAUGAACAGCCGGCAAAGAGAAGCACGAAUGGCCCAGAUAGAUGACUGUAUUGAUGCAGUCAUUCAGCAGGGUAUGGAGAUUGUUAAUGAGGACAAUAAUAGUUCUCACAGUAAAUUAUCAACACCAGGGAAUGAUGUGGCAAGGGGAAACAGUUUGGCAUGUGUAACAAGUCAUCAACCAGGUUCGAAUGAACUAUAUAUGUAUGACGAUGAUCUUUCACCACCUGGAACUCCAUCGUCUACCCCAAAGACUCCUGAGCUUCCGACACCAUCUCGUAAAGCUGAAAAAAUGCCAGAAGUUAAAGAAAAGAAAAAGAAAAAAGAAAAAUCAAAAACAAAGAAAGAGUCAAAAACAAAAUCUCAGAAAGAGUUGCACAGUCCUAAGAAGCCAAAGAUAGAAUUGAUGGACUUAGACAGUUCAGAGAAACCGAAAACUCCCGAAGCGGAAGAACCAUGUGAAAUAGUUCAGCCACCAGUUUUUCCUUUCUUUUCACAUUUUCCUCCAACACCAGGCCUUAUUCCUCCUCCUCUAGGACAUCCACUUUUCCCAAGGUUUCCUCUCCCCCUUGGAAAAAACUUACCUCAUCCUGCAAUGCCCAAUCUGCCCCUUCCACCACCACUUCUUAUGCAGCCUCCUGCUGAAGAGCCAGAAGAGGAAUCACCGAAGACUCCUGAAAGAUCUUCAAGUCUCUCUUCUUCAGGUCCAGUUCCAGCAAAUGUAAAAGCAGAUUCUCCUGAAAAGGUGCAGAUAUCUAGUCACAUCAUAAAGAAAACCCUUGAAAAGAAAGUGAAAGAGCACCGAAAGGAGAGAAAAGAUAAAGCAAAGAAGAAGAAGGAAAAAAAGCUGAAAGCAAAGAAAGAAAAAGGAGAAAAAAGGAAAAUCAAAUUAGAGAAGAAAGAAAAACUCAAAGAGAAGAUCAAAGAAAAGAAAGAAAAGAAAGAAAAACGUAAAGAAAAAGAGAGGAAAAAUCAGAAAAACCAGAGAGUGCUGUGCCAAAAAAUUACAUUUAAACUUGGGUCAGGAUCUUCAUGUCCUCCGUCACCUGAUGAAAGUCAACACAGGAAGAUUGUGAUAAAAUCUUUCACAAAGAAUCAAGAUGAUGAUGAAGAAGAAGACAGUGAGAAAGAGCAGCAGUGCUCUAGUACAGAAGAACCUGUCAAACGUGAACCUUCUCCUGAACUGGCUCGUAUCUCUGCCCUGAUCACAAGGCCGCCGAAAACCAAGCCUUCAAGUAAGCCCUCUGUUCCAAAGCCAGAAGAAACUAUGGAAUCCACUACCAUUUCCAUUUCUCCUGCAGCAAGCAGUACAUCUUCUGCUGCAUCCUCUCCUGAAAGUCCUCCAACUGUAACAUAUACCAAAUUCAAAAAGAGUCCAAAGUUUAAUCCCAAAUUCAAGGCCAAAGAUGUUACAAGGAAAAUUGGGGCUGAAGUGGAAGAGCAGAAGGAACCAGUAGCAUAUUAUUAUGAUAAUGAUGGCAACAAAGUAUGGAUAUGCCCUGCAUGUGGUGGUCAAGAUGAUGGCAGUCCAAUGAUCGGCUGUGAUGACUGUGAUGCGUGGUAUCACUGGGUAUGUGUGGGCAUUCAAGUUCCUCCAGAUGAAAAUGAAGACUGGUACUGCCGUGUAUGCAUUGUCAGGAAGCAGGAGAAUAUUGUUGACAAAAAGAAGAAAUCUAGAAAGAAAAAAGUUGUCCCAUGAAGUGAAGGUGUGAAGUUUCAGACUGUUUAUGGAUCAGAAAAGAUUGCUCAGCUGGUGAAGAUGAUUUAGAACUAGCAAGUGAACACAAAGCUCAGAAUCUGAAAAUUCUCCUCUCUCCUUCCCUCCUCUCCCUCUCCCUCUCCCAUUUCCAUUCCCAUUCCCUCUACUUCUCCCUGUCUAUCUGAGAUACUGAUGUAGACAUUUUUCUAAACAUUCGUGUUGCAGAAAGUUGCAUUUGUGAUUUCUAACAAACCUAUUUGGGUGUAUGUCAGAGUCAUCAUAGGUAACCUAAUAUCCAUUAAGCAUUCAGUGAAAAAAUCUAUUUAUGAUACAUGGACCAGAAAUAAUAGUGAUGAUCAGUUAGUGCUUGUU